GAGCUGGGUCCAGGUAAUCAGGGAGCAAAGAGCACAGGAUCCUCAGGCCAGCACUGUCUGCACAGGAGAGAUGAAGGUCUCUGCAGCUGCUCUCUCCUUCCUCAUCCUUGCCUCUACCCUCAGAUACUCUGCUCAUGGAUCCCUGGCCCAUGAAUCCUGGGAUGAUGAACCAAGCAUGGUGAUGCAUCAGUUGGAUCCCAGAGGGCCCUCACCCGGCGUUCACCGUCCUCCUGACUGCUGCCCGUUCUAUACACCACGAAAAAUCCGAUGCAGAUUCAUGGGAAGUUACUUUGUAAUGACCAGUGGGUGCUCCCAGCCUGCUGUCAUCUUCAAAACCAAAAGGGGGCAGCGUAUCUGUGCCAACCCCAAUAAAGCGGAAGUUCAGGAUUGUGUAACGAAACUGAAGCAAGAUCUGGCUUUGGAGGAACGUGAGCAGGAUUCAUUUGAGCUACUGAGCAAAUUGUUGACUGAUAAGAAGGGAUACUAGGUCCCAGCCACCCAUCUCCAUUCUCUCUUUCCUCACCUCCUGGAAGCUUCUUGGACUGAAUUAUUUUUUCAAAAGCAAGAAUUACUGUUCUAUUCUGGUUAUAAAAGCUGUGUAUUAAUAAAAUGUGUUCAGCCCUAGCUGGUUUGGCUCAGUGGAUAGAGCAUCGGCCUGUGGACUGAAGGGUUCAGGGUUUGAUUCCGGUCAAGGGCACAUGCCCGGGUUGUGGGCUUGAUCACCAGUGUGAGGUGUGCAGGAGGCAGCCAAUCAAUGAUUCUUUCUCAUCAUUAAUGUUUCUAAAUCUCUCUCCCUCUCCCUUACACUCUGAAAUCAUAAAAAUAUAUUAAAAUAAAUAUA